ACAAUACAUUAAAUUUUCAAUAAUACCAAAAUACUAAUUUGAAGAGAAUGGAGAAGGCAACACUAAUCAAAAAGGUUUUCUUCGUUUCCUUUUUGAUUAUUUUGAUAGGACAAACAAUCAAUGGAGUCACUUGGUGCAACGAUAGUGAUAUUUGCAUUAAAAAUUUAAAAUGCAACGAAGGACAUCCUGUAUGUUACUACAUAUCAAACAUGUGUUACUGUAGACUUCCACAUGAUACUAAACCUUUUAGGUGCCAAACAACUGCAGAUUGUGCUAGACAAUUGAAAUGUGUGAAGGGAGUACCUGCAUGUUUUGCAAGUACAAAAAACUGUUAUUGUAAACUUCCAAAUAGUAAACCAAAUAUUAAUGAAAAGAUGUGUAAAAACGAUCUCGAUUGCACUGUUCUAUUGAAAUGUUCUAAUCCUGCUCAAAAUCCUACAUGUUACUUGAAAACAAGCAAGUGUUAUUGCAAAUCUCCUUCACGUCCACCUGUUGGAGCUCCACCUGCAGUUAACGCGAACGAACAAACUAAGGAUUUGUAAGGGGUGAUUUCUUGGAUGGUCAAUUCAUCGAAGAGUCGUAGAAUUAUGUUUUUUUUUUUUUGUAAAUGAUGUACGUAAUUUUGUUCAAGUUAAAGUACGUUUCAUGAUAGAAAGUCAUUCAAUUUUGUUUAAGGUGUAUCAUAUAAACUCUCUCUUUCUUUUUUUU